UUUUUUUUUUCGUUUAUCAACGUCCAACGUCUUUUUUUAUUUAUUUUCAAAGUCUCUCCAGCCAUUGAGUAUGCCCUCGGGCAUGUCCUUCCAGAAGGAAAAGGAAAAGAAAGAGGGUGUGACUGUGAAUGAAAGGGAAGGAAAAGGGGUGAAUCUAUCGGGAGGGAUGGGGGCCUCGCUGUCCAACCUCGGAAGCAACGGUUCCGCCGUCGCUCCGGGCCUCGGCGACAUCCCGGAGGGUUGUGUCGCUCGCGUCUUCCUCCACCUCACUCCGCCGGAGAUAUGCAACCUCGCGCACCUCAACCGCUCCUUCCGCGGCGCCGCCUCUGCCGACUCCGUUUGGGAAGCCAAGCUGCCUCCCAACUACCACGAUCUACUCCUUCUCAUGCCUCCCGAGAGGCACCAACAUCUCUCCAAGAAGAACAUCUUCGCUCUCCUCUCUCGCCCUGUGCCGUUUGAUCACGGCUACAAGGUACGCUACGCUACGCCCCCCAAGGAGAUGGACUGCACGGAAAGGCUGCGGGAAAGGAAGGCUGGGUGGUGGAGGAGGAGGGGCGGGUAGGGGGCAGCGACGGGAGGGCUUGCCAGGUGGCGGAGAGAGGGUCGUAAGCGUGGAAGUGCAGUGACGGGCUGUGGGGCGGGGCGAGCAGCGCGUAGAGGCAGUUGAAGGGUGGGAAGGUGGGGCUGUAGAGAAGGCGAUGCCAUGAGUGGGAGAGUGUGAAUAGCAGCGUUGGAGGCACUGGAAAUCUUCUUUUUCAUAAACGUGGUCCACGUAGAUAAAUUUCAACCAAUAAAAUUGUUGUUGUCAGUACUAA